GCUUGACCACAUGCUGCAGCUUCACAGAGCAAACAUGGACGUCACAUGUGGGAGAAUGACCUAAACAUGAUCCUUCCAGCUUUCUGUGGGAAAAACCAGCAGAGACAACAAGUGGAGGGCAGACAGGCGGCAUGACAGAGGAGAAAUGUCCCCAGCUGGUGGACUACUUUGUAGUGGCGGGUCUCGACCCUGCGGGGCCCUGGAAGCCUCUGGACGAGGACGGCAAGUCCACCUCCUCCUCGACGUCGUCCUCCUCCUCCUCUUCCUCGUCGUCGGGCCGGGCGGUGGAGCCGGUGACGGACCUGGCGGUGAUCGCCCGGGGGCUCGGGGAGGAGGUGCCGGAGGGCUUCACCUGCAUCGAGAGGACACUAGGCGGACACUCGGCCGAGCUGAGCGCCGGCCUCAUCAACAACCCGCACCUGUACCUGUGCUACCGCCGAGGACGAGACAAACCGCCCAUACUGGAGAUCGGGGUUCUGUAUGAGGGGAAGGAUCAGCUGAAGCAGGGCUGGUGGGUCAUCGAGACGACGCCUUACAGCCGUUCGGCCAACCUGAGCUCCGGCGGCGCCCCGACGGCUCACCGCGUGUUCCUGAUGUACCGGCGCGCUCAGGACUCGCAAGGCCUCCACACGCUGGGGGUCACCGACAUCGCGCUGCUGCUGCCCAGCAAGGCCGAGGUCGCCCCGCACACCUUCUGCCGCGUCGACAAGAACCUCAACACCGGCAUGUGGGGUCCAGCUCUGUACGUGUGCUACAAGAGAGCCGUGGCCAAAGCCAACGCCCUGGUGUACGAGGCCAGUCUGAUCAGCCGCUACCCGGAGGAGGAUCUGGAGGCGUUUCCUCUGCCAGAGUCAGUGCCGGUCUUCUGUCUGCCGAUGGGCGUCACUGUGGAGAGCUGGCCUCUGAACACAAAGUACCAGCUGCCCAUUUUCUCCACCUUCGUCCUCACCUCCGCCUCCGGGGACAAGGUGUAUGGAGCGGCCAUCCAGUUCUACGAGUCGUUCCCCAGGGAGCUGCUGUCGGAGCGGCAGAGCGUGAGGCUCGGCCUGCUCAGCGUGGUCGACCGGCGGCCCAUCACCAACCGCAGCCUGCAGGUGAAGAAGAGCAUCUGCGUCCUCUCCCACUGGCCCUUCUUCACCGUCUUCCAGAAGUUCCUCACCUUCGUCUACAGAUACUCCAUCUCCGGACCGCACGUGCUGCCGCUCGAGAAACACAUCUCCAGCUUCAUGCACAACGUCCCGUUUCCCUCCCCCCAGCGGCCUCGCAUCCUCGUUCAGCUCUCUUCGUAUGACAACCUGCUGCUCUGCCAGCCGGUCUCCUCUCCUCUCCCUAUCAGUGGAGCGAGCUUCCUGAAGCUGCUGCAGAACCUCGGCCCGGAGAACGCCUGCACGCUGCUGGUCGCCGUCCUCACAGAACACAAACUACUGCUGCACUCGCUCCGCCCCGACGUGCUCACCUCCGUCAGCGAGGCCCUCGUCUCCAUGAGUUUCCCUCUGCGCUGGCUCUGUCCCUACAUCCCUCUGUGUCCGCUGCAGAUGGCCGACGUGCUGCUGGCGCCCAUGCCCUUCAUCGUGGGCGUCCACUCCAGCUACUUCGACCUGUACGACCCCCCCACAGACGUGGUGUGUGUCGACCUCGACACCAACACCAUCUUCCAGUCGGAGGAUAAGAAGCCGUUGUCAUGGCGAUCGUUACCCAGGAAGCACGGCAAGACUCUGUUCAACACCCUCACCAACCUCCACAAGACUCUGGAGAAGAUUUGCACUCCCGGUCAGGAGGAGGCGACGCUGGAGUUCCUGCUGACGGACUACGAUCAGAUCUACAGGCGUCAGAAGCAGCUGGAGCUGGAGAUCCAGGAGGCGUUCCUGCGCUUCAUGAGCUGCCUGCUGCGAGGAUACCGAACCUUCCUGCUGCCCAUCACCCAGGCGCCAUCGGACACCACCACCGACUGCAGCUCCCUGUUCAACCUGCAGGGCUUCCUGAAGUCUCGGGAUCGAACGCAGCAGAAGUUCUACAACCAGCUGACGAGGACUCAGAUGUUCACCCAGUUUAUCGAGGAGUGCUCCUUCGUUAGCGACCGACACGCCUGCCUCGAGUUCUUCGACGAGUGCGUCCAAAAGGUGGAUGUGGAGAAGCCGGAGGACGUGAGGCUGAUCGAUCUGGAUGAGACUCACAGCGGAGAACACACCGUCUUCAUCAUGCCUCCUGAAGAGCCGCAGGAAGCUGACGGGUCAGAGUGUCCCGCCCUCUACAGUUAUGAGACCUUCCCCACGUUAAAGACGGAGCUCUUCGACAGGCCUCAGGAUCAGCUCCGUGCCCCGGCCAAGGGCAGCGCCCCCAGUAGCCCCGCCCCCAGACGCACCAAACAGGAGAUCAAGUUGGCCCAGAAGCGAGCUCAGAAGUACGCGGCGGUGCCGGACAUGUGGUCCAAGUGUCUGCUGGGUCACUGUUACGGCCUCUGGUUCAUCUACCUGCCCACCUUCGUGCGGGCGGAGAGCGCUAAGGUCCGCGCUCUGCACACGGCCUACGACGUCCUCAAACACAUGGAGAACCGUAAGGUGGUGCUGCCGGACGAGGUGUGUUACCGGAUCCUGAUGCAGCUGUGCGGUCAGUACGGUCAGCCGGUCCUCGCUGUUCGAGUCCUGCUGGAGAUGAAGAAGGCAGGAAUCACACCAAACACCAUCACCUACGGAUACUACAACAAGGCGGUGCUGGAGAGCAAAUGGCCCUCCACCAAUCAGGGCGGGCGUCUCCGCUGGGCCAAGCUGAGGAACGUCCUAUUGGCCGUCGCCCAGUUCAGGCAGCCAAUCAAACGGCGUCAGAAGAGCGGCUCUGUGGGGUCACGCGGAGAAGCGAUGACGGACCCCGAUCAGAAGCCCCGCCCCCCCUCCGCUCUGAUUCGUCAGUCCAGUUGGAGCGGUCUGAGUGAAAGCUCCAGUCAUGAAUCUCUGACGGGCUCCCUGGUGAAGAGCAACAGUCUGAACAGCAUGAAGAUGGCGACCGACAGGGUCAAACUCUGCAAGAAGACCAUCCUCCGUAACGCCGGGACCAACGACUGCGGAGACGGCAUCUCCAGUAAACCUCCUCUGGGACGCAGAGACACCUCCACCCCGCCUCCGGCGCCCUCCGGUGGCGUCCUGGUUCGGCGGAGUCAAGUCUGCCUCUCCACCUUCUACAAAGAUUGCGCGGAGUCGGCCGACUCAGAGCCGGACUGCAGCUGCCAGCCUGCGGAGAGAGACGGCAGACCCGCGGGGUCACGUGACUCGGCCAGCAGAAACAAGGUCGUAGACGAGAACUACAACAACGUCACGUCCCCGAGCCGAGGAGGCCUGGCGGGGAAACUGCAGCAGCUCCUCACCCCGACCCGACACCGAGUGUCAGUCCGACGGGCCGCCAGCGUGGACGACCGGCGGCCGGGAGGAGGAGGAGGAGGAGGAGGAGGAGGAGGGAUAGGACGAAGGGUGUCGGAUCAGAGGCAGUCGAGGAAAGCUCAAGUGGCUGAAACUCUGCUGAAAGCCAAGGACAGGCUGGUCAACGCUACCUCAGAGAGUUCGUUGUCGGUAGGAAGUGACCUCGACUUGACGGAGACGCCCAGUCCAGCGUAUCCUCUGCGCAGGUCCUGGGACGCCAAUCAAGAGGGGGUGGGGCUUGAGGUGUUGAUGUCCAGCUGCUCUCUGUGUCGCAGCUGUAACUCGUUGGUUUAUGACGAGGAGAUCAUGGCCGGCUGGACGUCGGACGACUCCAACCUGAACUCGUCCUGUCCGUUCUGCUGCGCCUCCUUCGUCCCGUUCCUCAACGCUGAGAUCUGUGACCUCGGACCCGUCAGCAGUGCAGAGCGCAGCAACUGGAACCUGGAGGAUGAGGUGGAGAGCGCUGUGAGGCCACCCAGUGGUCACGAGGCCUCCCUGCGACACCAGUGCAACGGGCUGAGUGAAGACUCCAGUUCUGAGACCAGCAGCUACUCAGAGAACAGCAGAACCACCACGGGUUCGUCAGUGGGCGGGGCUCCCCAGGUGGCGGUGGCCUACCUGAGCCCUCUGGUUCUGCGGAAGGAGCUGGAGAGUCUGCUAGAGAACGAGGGCGAGGCGGUGCUGGCUCAGCCUCAGUUCCUGGACAACCACUCCAUCAUCUUCUGGAACCUGGUCUGGUACUUCCAGCGCCUCGGCCUGCCCAGCAACCUGCUGCAGCUGGUCAGGGCGUCGCCACUGGUCAGCCAGUUGACGCAGUCGGAGAACUCUGCAGUGAGGGUGAGGCUCCUCUGGGACACUCUGACCCCUGAUACAGACCAGUGGCCCCCCCUCUACAUCCUCUGGAGGAUCCACAGCGGCGUCCCGAUGCGAAGCUACAGCUGGCGGAGACACAACCACCCAUUCACCCUGGCCUUCCUGGAGGAGGUGCUGCGGUGGGUCGGCAUGAACGAGGUGCACAAAGCCGUCACCCUCUUCAUCGACACGCUGGGCAAACAGCCGGAAUCACCUAGGAUACAGAGGAGUUUGUACAGAGAGUUCCUCUUCCUCACUCUGGCAGCUAUGGGCAAAGACCACGUCGCUGCGUUCGAUAAGAAGUACAAGGCGGCGUACUCUCGGCUCGGCGGUACGAUGGGUCGCGAGGAGCUCCGUAAGAAGCGAGCUCAGCCUCCCAGCCCCAAAGCCGUCGACUGCAGACGCAGCUUCCACCCGCCCCUCGAAUGCUGAUCAUCCCAGGAACAAACUUAACAAACUCCAUAUCCUGAUGACAUUCAUCCCGUUCGGGGGGGUAAAAAAAAAAGAGGAAAACAGCGAAAUCGCUGCUGCCUUCACCUGCUUGUUUUCUUCACCUCUCUGCUGCCUCCUGGUGGAUGUCGGAGCGACGCCGCGCUCCUUCCUGUCCUCUGUACCUCCGUUUGCCUCGUCGGUGUGAAUCCAGCAGCUCUUUGUCUCCAUUCAAGAUAACGAAAGUCGGUCCAACGACGGCGGCGACCGAACCGAGAUCUAUGCAUCAUCAGUCUGUGGCGUGGAGUCGUGCGUCCGCAUCGUCGUCUGAAGGCGGGAGAACGGGUUCGUGCAUGUCCAGAGGGAUCAGCUGUGUCGUUGUGAACUUUUUUUUUUGUUUUUCCCCUGUUUUUUAAAAAAAAAAUACACAACCAGAUGAUGAAAGUGAAGUUCCUGCAGGAGCCCCGUCUGUCAGCAGGAUGUCAGAUUCACCCCUCAGCAGUGCGAUCAAAGGAGGACGUUGGCGUGAAAAAACCAACGUCCACGAAACACAUCAGACUUUGAGAAGACUUCAAAAAAACCCCAGAAACUUCUGAUCUGAUUUGUCUGUGUGUGUUUGACUAGUUGUAAGCAUGAUGAAGGCAGUGAGGUUUUUUUUUAAAAAGGGAAUAAGGUCAUUAAAAAGGGGGUGCAGAUGUUAAAUGUUACGGGACGUCUUCUGGAAGGGCGACAGUUCUCUUGUUGUUAAAUGUGAAGCUGUUUUUUAGUGUUUAGUUAUCUUAUCACCCACCAUCAUUGAGGCGGUGGUGAGGUUUCCACUGGUUUUUCCCCUUUUUAAGGAUUCGAGGAAACAUCUAAAACAAGAAGCUGAGACUUUCACACUUAUUUCUUGGGAAUCUUCCAGAAGGCCGGUACUGAAAGGACACAUCCACUGUCAAACACCCAAAGCUCCCUGAAAGCUCUGGUCAUCUUCUGGAAAUCACUGAAACCAACCAAACACACACACACUCCCUCCGCUUCCUGUCACCUCUGUCUGUUGGGUUUCAGAGCUCCUGUUGUUAAAUGUGAAGCUACUGAGGAGUUCCCUGAGACGUCUCGUUGGUGGACAAAGACUGUCAGACAGUUUUAACUCUUUUAACUCUCCACUAACGUUUUGGACAUUGGAGCGUAACUAAACAAGAAGCUCUGAAAGGCUCUUGGUAGUAAUCCCCCCCCCCCCGCCUCUUUUUGUCUUGUGAGCCCCUAAAAUGAAGCAGUGUCUCCUCUAGCAGUUACUUAGCAGAUCCAAUGAAGAGUGAUUUAUUUGUUUUGCCCUGAAAACAUCUUGGAUUGUUUGGUUUUUGCAGAGUUGUUAGAAGCUAGAGAAGCUACAUCUGUCCCAUCUCGGUUCCAGAUUUGUGCAUCGCUCGUCAAAAACAUCUUCUUCGACACAGAUCACCCGGACAGGUGUGGCUGAGAUGUUUGCAGAAAUAACAACUCUUAAAUUAACGCAUUUCUUCCACUGACAUGAGAAAUAAGAAGCUAACUGCCACAGCUUCUGUGUUUACUGAAAAUUACACUGACAGGACGGACAUGUUAGUCGCCGCUGAUUUGGUUUAAAGCGAAAUAACCCCAAAAUCAGUCCAGUAUUUCUGAUCACUGGCGUUGGACAUGAGAGAAAACUGAAAUUUCGCUGCAAAAAUUCUGUUUGUUUUCUGAAGUCUUUGCUUUUUUUUUCAUGUGAAAUUGUUUUAGUUUGUAAGAUAUAAAUCUGCAGGCUUCUAAAAAAUUACUCAAACUAAACAAGAACAUCUGGAGGCGGCAGUCACACGAUGCUACUUUUAAAGAGUUAAAACAUUUAAUUUUUCCCUCCAAUUUCUCACCUUUGACCAGACGGCCUGGUUGGAAAAAGGAGGAUGUUGACUCUGAUUUGGGUCGAAACAUCGGAGGGAAAAUGUUCAAACAGGGAAGCCGGUGCCUUUAACUCUGAAAUAACAGACAGACGGAGUCUUAAAUAUCCUGCAUCAGACUCUCUUACAGGCUUGUAGCAGCUGGUGACGUAAUAACUUCAGAUUAAUGUAAUAACUCAUCAAAGUGGCAUCACAUUAUUGCAUCAACUGGUGAUUAUAACCUUAAAUAAUGUAAAAACAAAUCUAUAUUAUAGUAAAGUGUAGUUAAGGUUAUUUAUGGCUCAAUAAAACCCAGACAGUUUGUGUAAUAAUGUGAUUCUGCAAAGUGACCAGAUUUAUGGCUUCAUUCAGUUUGAAGUUAGUUUUUUUCCUCUCAUGUUGAUUUAAAGGGACUCAGUGUGUUUGUGAAAAUGUCGCAACUUCAGGGAGAAAAAAAGGAAAUUAUUAAAAUUAUUAAAGGACAGCUGGUAUAUGUAGACGUCACUUUCAGAUCAAAGCGUCUGGUUUGGGAUGAAAGAUGUAAAAAAAACCAAAUUAAGAAUUAAACGAUAUUAAAGGCCUUAUCAUAAUUAUGAGUUGAAAUUUCAUAAUUACAGCAAAAUGAUAUCAUAAUACCAGGUGAAGAUUUUACAAGAAAACAUCUGAUAAUUCCCAGAAAGUAUCUCAUAAUUAUG